AUGAUCCAUCAGUUAAAAGGUGAAUGGGAAACUCGAGAUGCAAAGCUAAUUCCUUACCAAACCCGCAUCAAGGAAUUGGUGAAACAAUUUGAUGAAAUCACGUUUGAGCUCAUUCCUUGUGAAGAUAACCAAUUGGCAGAUGCACUAGCAACUUUAUCAUCCAUGUUCAAAUUGAGCAAGGAUAAGGACAUGCCACUUAUAAGGAUCCAACAUCAUGAUCAACCUACAUAUUUCCACUUGGUAGAAGAGGUAUCUAAUGGGAAACCAGGGUACUUUGACAUCAAAGAGUAUAACAAGAGUCAUGAGUAUCCUCCAAAUUCCUUAGAGAAUGACAAAAGAACAUUGAGAAGACUAGCAAUGAGCUUUUUUUCUAAACAAGGAUGUGUUGUAUAA